ACCUCCUGUCAUGUCAACAUGUACACUGCUGCUGCUGUCUCAGACGGGCUGUGGACUCUGUGAAUACCCCCAGCAGUGCAAGCCACCAGUACCAAAGGAGCUGUCUGUGAACUACCAGCCCUCUGGAGAAAACAAGUCUCUCUCUCUAUGCUUGGAAGAGUUUAAAACCUCUGAACCCUACAAACCUAUUGGAGAAGGUCAGCUCUCUGUGUACCUAAAGAAGCACUCUGGUCAAAGCAAAGCUUUUGACACAUCUGCCAAAAGCAUGCCUGCUGAACACUGUGAGGUGUCUGAACUAAUUGAAGCCAUGGAUUCAAGCGAGCCUUCUGAGCAAUCUGCUGAACCCUGCAUCAUUGUGGACGAAAUCAAAAACUCUUUGGACUAUACUGAACCCCAAAAGGUCAAUGGACAGAUGGAUCCCUCUGUGCACAGUGCCGAUCAUUACAACAUGAAUGGAGAACAUGCAGAGGAGAGCAAACCUUCUGUGCAUUAUAAUAGGCAUUCUGUGGGCUUUGAGCAAUGCAUCAACAAGCCCUGUGAGGACUAUCCAGCUCUUCACAAGCACACUAAUCAGUGUAAGUCUUCCAAGUUAAGCAAAUCAUUUGAACAAUGUACUCAACAUUGUGAGUGCUUUGAGUUCAGCAAGUCCUCUGAGCACUGUGCUAAUGACUGUCUAGCUUCUGUAUUUAGGCAACACUGCGAACAUUGCACAGGACACUUUCAGUCAUCUGAACAAUGCAAGCCUUCUGAUCAACACUGUAUGUCCUUUGAGCCAAGCAAACCUGCUGAGAGCUCUGUGUUUUUUGAGCAAUGUAAGAUAUAUGACUUCAUACCUGACAUCUCUGAAUCCACUAAAUCAAUCAGAUCAUUUGAGCACUGCACUGGUAUUUGUGAGUAUUCAGAAAAAUACAAUCAUAUUGAACACCCAACAGAAUAUAAUGAGACUACAAUGCCAUGUAAUGAGGAUUUAAAGUUUUGCACAACAUUAGAACCUAUACAUUCUUCAGAUUUGAACAAGCCUUCUCAACGCUAUGCUGAACAAGUUGUUCCCAAUGAAAGUAGACAUGUCUCUAAAGUUUGUGAACCCACUGAGCAAACUCUGCUUACUGAACAAAGCAGUCAUCAAUCUGCUGAAUAUGAUAUACCCUCUGGGCACUGUGAACUGCAAAACAAUCUCUACGAGCAAAGUGAGACAAGUGUACAGUGUGAACUGUCUGAGCGAUGUAAUUCUUGUGAGAGGUGUCCCGGUCAACAUCAAAGCAUAAAUGACAAGUACUAUGAGCCUAGCAUUGCAUUAUAUUCUGAGGAAGACAAGUCUUCUGAGUGCUCAUCCAUUGAAACAAGGUAUUUUGAAUCUUGCAUAGAUGACAGUAUGAAUUCAGACCCAUUAACUGAUUCAGCUGAAUCCUAUGAAGCAUUAGUGGAAGAAGGAGCACCGGACAAAUCCAGUGAUGAUAAAGUUAAAUUCUGUUCAGAGAUAUGGGAAUCUUUUGACAAUUGUCCAGAUGCGGUAGAAUGUGAGGAAAGCAAUCCUGAUGAAGACAAACCUCACUCGGAUGCAGUCGUUGUUGAGGAAUUCUUUGACUUAUUCGAUAAAGAGGAUACUUAUACCUUUUCUCAAAGGCGACCUUAUACCUCCUGUUUUGAAGGGGGAGGGGUUCAUGAGCACAUUUCUGAACAACUUAAACCUCACAUGUCUAUUAUGAAUGAGGAAGAAACACAUAUGCCCUGUGCCAAAAAAAGGCUUGAACCACUUGCUUUAGAUGAGAAAAUCAAUGAGAAUGAAGAUUUUAGUCAAGAAGAAGUUGAUGAAUCUUAUGAAACUUGUGCUGAGGACAGACAAUUGAAUGUAGACUGUGCUGAUGAUGAGGCAUCAGCCUCUGGAUCCUUUGCAGAGGAGGAAACAUGUGAAUCUUGUUUUGAAGAAGCCUCAGCUUAUGAAGUUGACGUUUAUGAAGCUUUUGUAGCAAAAGAAAAUGCUAUUAAGGCUGAGGCCCACAAGCCCUUUGUUGAGGAAGAUGAACUUUGCAUUGCUGAAGAUAAAGCUGGUGAGGCUCAGGCCAAUGAACCCUUAGUUGAUGAGGACAACAUGUACGAACACAGUGCAGAGGAAGCUUCUCAUGGAUCCUCUGCUGACGUGUCUUUUGUUGACGAUGAUGAAGCAUAUGAGGGCCAAAAUGAUCAGACUUAUGAACCAUGCUUUGAAAAAGAGAAAACUUGUGAUGAAGAAAACCAGAAAAUACGCAUCACAGAAGAUGAAUUAUACAAGCCAUAUGCUAGAGACAAAGCUUAUGGAUCCUAUGAACAGUGUGGUGAAGAUUGCAUCGCAUAUGGCUGUGAACAUACAACAUUUUCCACCGAAGGGGAAGCUUAUACACUCUGCACUGAGGAGAAAGCCUGUGAUGAAGAGCACCAUGAAUAUGAAAGCAAAGCCAAUGAAUCUAAUGUAAACCAAGAAGCUAACGGAUUCUGUGAUGAAGAAGACUCUCAUGAUACAUGUAAUGAAGGAAUUGAUGACAGCACUCCUGAGACAUAUUUUAAAGAUGGAGUGUGCACUGAGGAGGGAGAGCAUGAUGCUCCAUGUGCUGAGGAGAGUGAAUGUUCUGACUCAUUUGAGGUUAUAACCAAAGACACUGUAUUAUGCACUGAAGGAAGCAAACCAGCUAUGCCUGAUGGUAUUGCAUUCAAUGGAGAUCAAACUGAUUCCUCUACAACCUCUUUGAAAGAGAUAGAUGAGCAAAACAAGUCAUCUGAAUUGUGUGAGGAUCUGAACACACCAUAUCUGUCUGAGAACUGGGAGGAACACAAUGGUGUCUCAGAGCAUCUCCAACCCUCAGAGUCAGAGGACUUUUCAGAGCAGGUGUCUAAGAAAACAAGCCCCUCUUUCGAUGGUGCUGAACAUAGUAAAAACUCCAUGGUCAGCGAGCCACCUGAACAUCACGCCGAACAAACAGAGCCCGCUGAAAAAAGUGAGCUGGAUGAGAAAAUGGAGUCGCAUGAAUUCUUUAAGAUUGUGGCCUCUGAACAACCAAGUGAGGAGUCUGAGGAGGAGCUGAGUGACGAUGAGUCUGAGGAGUCCUGUGAAUGCGAGUACUGCGUUCCACCUAGAGACCAGGUCCCAGCAAAACCUCUGCUCCCUCAAAUCAAAUCAAAAGAUGCAGGGAAGAUCUGUGUGGUGAUUGAUUUGGAUGAAACAUUAGUGCACAGUUCAUUCAAGCCAUUGAACAACGCUGAUUUUAUAAUUCCAGUGGAAAUCGAUGGAACAGUUCACCAGGUGUAUGUGUUGAAGCGACCCCAUGUCGAUGAGUAUCUCAGAAGAAUGGGGGAGUUGUUUGAGUGUGUUCUGUUCACUGCGAGUUUAUCCAAGUAUGCUGAUCCCGUCUCUGACCUGCUGGAUAAAUGGGGUGCCUUCCAACACCGUCUCUUCCGGGAGUCCUGUGUUUUCCACCGAGGAAACUAUGUGAAAGACCUGAGUCGUCUGGGCAGGGACCUCAACAAGGUCAUCAUUGUGGACAACUCUCCAGCCUCCUACAUCUUCCACUCUGAUAAUGCUGUCCCUGUAGCAUCCUGGUUUGACGACAUGGCUGACACAGAGCUACUCGAUCUCAUCCCGUUCUUCGAGAGACUAAGCAAAGUGGACGAUGUCUACGAUAUUCUCAAGCAGCAGAGGACUGCAAGCUAGUGUGUAAUAAGACACCGGCAGCAACUUUUCACCACGGGGGGCCAUGGAGGAGGCUGGUGGGCAACAGGCUUCAAGUUUCUUCCCACUAGAAGGACCAGCUAGUGUCUUUCAGUCGUCGUCACCCAGCGAAUUCCAUUCACACACAACGUGAUAUAGAGGCCACUCAAUUUGGCACAGAGACAGAACUGGGAGGAACUACUUCAUGGCAAACAUUGAAAAGAGUGGUAUGAGUAAUUUUUUUUCACAUUUGAUGCAGUAAUCCCCUCAUAGUUACGACUUUUCCUCCUGAAGACAAGGUUGAGUAAAGCCCUUGUUCGUGGGACGGUGAUCAUUUAAGCAGGCAAUAAAGUCAUUUUUGCAAAGCAAUCGGUGAACACAAUAUUAAAUACUAAGGGUGUUUAUCUUGAGAUCAAGAUAACUCAACCCAUUCCCACGUUUGAAUAAGUUUUACCCAAAAUGCCCAAGUAAGGGCAUACGUUACGACAAUCAUUUAAAGAUUAUUGUUUCCAAAAAUGUCCUACUGUACCACAAGUGUAUUGUUUUUGAAUUUUAAUCAUUUUUCAUCCCUCUUAACCGAACAUUACUGUAUAUCAAGUGUCUUCAACAUUAAAUACCAUUUUAGGAAAUUAUUCA